GAGAAAAUAUUAAAGAUAAGGAGGCCACCGAUGCAUAAAGUUUCUGUUCUGUUCUUUAAUGAGUGUGAGGAAAGUCUAGCUUUGGUCAAUGGACUGCGAUAGAAUGCUCUUCUUCAUCUUGCUCUCGCUCUCAACGGCGACCGCAGCAGACUCGCAAACGCCGGCGAACUCAUUAAACCCAUUCACCGAAAAGGCUGCACUACUUCGUUACUGGAAACGAAAAAUUCCCAACUCUUCUCCCCACCCUGCACCGUUCCUCGUCUCCAAGCUCACGCCCCUUUCCAUCUCCGAUGCAGCCAAGUUCUCCGCCCUCGCCGCCUCCGACCCGUUCAAACUAUCCACCAUCCUCCCUAGAUUCUGCUCCGCCGCCGCUCUCCUCUGCACUGCCGAACUAAACCCAUCCCUCGCCUCCCAUCCCCGCGACUCUGCCUUCUCCGGCUACGACAACAGCAACUUCAGCAACUACGGCACUGAUGCCGGCGGUGGCGCCUCUUCCUUCAAAAAUUACUUCGGUAACGAAACUCCUUUAAGCACAUUCCGCCGAUAUGGUCACGGAUCCGGCGGCCACGACGAUUCCUUCACCAUCUACGGCCCUAGAGGCAACAUUGUCGGCGCUAAUUUCACCUCAUACGGAACCAAAUCGGCAGGAGGAAUCGAUAAAUUCAACUCAUACAGCAAUUCCUCGAACAUUCCUGUCCUAGGGUUUACCAACUACGCCACCGAUGGCACCGGCCGGGUCGAAGGAUUCUUACAUUACGCCGACGACGACAACGUCGGCCAGCAGACAUUCUCCAGCUACGGAAAGCGGGGCAGCGGCGUAACAUCUGGCUUCUCCUCUUACGCCCACAAAUAUUCCAACAUAAUUGAGAGCGGUUUCGCACAUUACGGCGAGAAUGGUGAUGGGAACAGAGACACCUUCACAUCCUAUUCUGAACAUGCCAACAUUCCCGACAAUCAUUUCCAAUCCUAUGGGUCCGGCAGCACCGCCGGAAUCGAAACAUUCACCACCUACCGUCACGAAUCCAACAUCGGCGACGAUUCCUUUGCUUCCUAUGAUAAAGACGGCGACCACGGCAGCGUAGAAUUUACAAAUUACGGUAACGAAAGCUCCGGCUCCGAUGCCUUCAAGGGAUACGGCGAGGGUUCCACGAAUGGUCAAAUCACCUUCAAAUCCUACUUCGAGGAUGACACAACAUUCAAGUCCUACGCGAAAACAGGGAUCGAUUUCAAAUCAUACCACAAUUCCUCCUCCGCCCAAAUCAAUGCCGAGUCGAGACGUCCGGAGAUGAAACAGUGGGUUGAGGCUGGCAAGUUCUUCCGGGAACGAAGCCUUAAAAAGGGGACGGUGAUGCCAAUGCCGGACAUUAACGAUCGGACGCCGCCGCGAUCGUUCCUUCCGCGGUCGAUCGCAGGGAAGAUCCCAUUGUCCGCUACCGCCGUAUCGAAGAUCUUUAAGUUUUCUCCGGACAGCUCCAUGGCGAAGGCGGUGGCUUCAACGGUGGCUGACUGCGAGAGAUCACCUAGCCGCGGGGAGACAAAACGGUGCGCCACCUCGGCGGAGGACAUGAUCGACUUCGCCGUCUCUGUCCUCGGCAGCGACGUCGAGGUGAGAUCAACCUCGAACACGAAGGGCUCUCAGGGAAAUAUCCUCAUCGGCGAGGUGAAGGCGGUCAAUGGAGGAAAUGUAACGGAAUCAGUUAGCUGUCACCAGAGCUUGUUUCCCUACCUGGUUUACUACUGCCACUCCGUCCCGCGGGUGAGGGUUUAUGAGGCCGAAAUCCUGGCCGUCGAUAGCAAGAAGAAGAUCAAUGAUGGUGUGGCCAUAUGCCACGUUGACACGUCGGACUGGGCCCCAGGGCAUGGGGCUUUCGUGGCACUGGGACCCGGGCCAGGAAAAAUCGAGGUGUGCCAUUGGAUCUUUGAGGGGGACAUGACAUGGACGGUCCAUGAUCUUGCUUGACCCUAGCUAGCCUUGUGAAUCUAAGCCUAUGGUGUGACGUGUGCUUUGAUUAUUGUGAGGUUAAUUAAAUAAAUGGGAUUUUGGGCCCAAAGUUUCAAUCUUAUAAUUGAAUCUACACCAGCUUUGGACGUGACCGAAUA